GCGUCGCGAUCACUUCACAAGGAUGAUCUACCGCCGAACCUUGUUUUCGCCACGUAAAUUCAAGAUGAAGAAUGAGGCUUCCUCGCACACGCCUUCCGUCUGGUCUGCACCGUGCCCCAAAUCGGAAGGAGACUUGGGUGGCCACAGCACACCAGAGGCUCUAUUGGAUUGCUUUGCAUACCUCAUGUCUCCGAAAGGUGAGCCUCUCACUCUCAGGAAGCUGACGGAGAUCUUUGAUUUGGUCUCUUUGGCUCCAGUGCGCCUGUGCCUACGAGCACAUGGACAACUGCAGCAGCUCCUGCAGGGCCUUCAAGCCGUGGAAAAUAACUCAGAAGCACGACUGCUACGGGUAGGCUGUUGGCACUCCCUGAGUUGCGAUGCCUUUUGCGCGGCUGAGCUUCUGGAGGCAUCCUGGGAAUCUUUGGUGGCUUCCAUCGAAGCUCCUGAGGUAGAGGAAUCACUGUCCCGAACGCCCACGCUCGUGUGCCCAAAGGGAGUUCACGAAGCAGGAAGCUUGAAGCGGCGCCGUUUGCAGGUCGUCGGGGGUGGCAGCACCGGAACGCCGGGUUUCCGCGCGAGCGCGGGGGAGACCCGUGUGCUGGGCCGGUUGCAGGAGGAGGAGCCGCUUUUGACGAAGCUGUUGGUCACGUCGGAAGGUCAUGAGCGCAGCAUCUCAAUCCUCAUCCUGUGGAGGUGCUUGGGCCACUUGCAGACCACCCAGGCAGCCAACAAGGCGUUGGAAAACCUGUGGACGCAGUUCCCGCAGCUGUUGGCGAGUGAACUCGCCAACCUCGCGUGCCAAACCCUGUGGGAGGCCUUUGAGAGACUGGCACGCUGCCAGCCAAAGUCCUCGAUCGAUGGGCAUCAAGUGCUAGCAGCAGCCAGGCGAAUCUUGGAGGGCUUCGAAACAGAUGCGCAAGAGGUGUGCUUGAGAGCGUUGCAUGCCUUUGCUUGUUGCGAGUCAACCUCCACAGCCUGUUUCAACUUGGAGAUGUUACUGUUCUUGGUGGCCAAGCUUUGCGAUGAGAAAGGCGCCGCUAGCAGCGCCUCCACGCGCACCCUCCUGGGGCUCUUGGCGCAUGUGGCUGGCCGAGGGACGUCAUCCGUGUGCCAGGAAACGGGAGCGGCCGUGGCUGGCUUCUUUGUGCUUUCUCCAGAGCCUUUGGUCGACACUGUCUUUGCCUCCGCUUUGGCACAAUCUUUGGCAUGGUACAAGGACCAGCUGGAGACUGAGUCGGAUUCGUUGGAUGUCGAGGUGCAUCUCAACUUCGCCAUGGGCAGCCUCUUGAUGGCCUGGCUGGCACGGGGCGAUCCCGUCGCGAAGCUCACUCUGAAAGAGCACUUGGGAUCAACACAGGCUUUGCUUGACAUCUUGCGGACCUUCACUGUGUUCCAGGAGAACUGUGGCUCGCUCACAGAUGCCUCUCUGCUUUGCUUGCACGCAGUCAUGGAGUUCUUAUCUGAUUCUGAUGGAGCCAAGCACCUGGAGAUGACGCCUCCCAAGGUUCGAAAGGCACCUCCCAGGAUACUGCAGCCUGAGCCUGAGGCUGUGGCCUCCCAAAAGCCCAAGGCGCAGGUACCAACAGCAGUAAAGAAAGAGCAAUAUGAUGAAUUCGAUGUGGUGCAUGAACGGUCCAAGACCAAGGCACCAGAGAUAGACAAUGUGCAGAAUGAAUUCGGUGUAGUGCAGGUGUAUCACAGGCGUGCCAAGAAAACAUCCCUUGCACUGUGAACACUUAGACUCGGCGCAUCAGG